CGCUUAUUGUGCGGCUCUCGUCAUUGGGCUUCGGUGCUAAAGCUGAAAAUUAUUUUGAUUUUGUUUGUGUAAAUCCGGAUGUAGGAUUACAUUUCGAUACAUUAACGUCUCCUGAUUAACCUGUGUGCUUAUAAACUCUGAAUAACUGUAUUUUUUCCCAUAUAUAUCUUAAAUAUUUGUAUAUCCGGUCAGGGUGUAUGGGCGGACCGGAAGUAGCCGCAGUAGUAGUUCCGGUAGAGGAGCUGUUUUCAGGUUAACGAUGACGGCGGCGGUGUUUUUCGGUUGUACUUUUAUCGCCUUCAGUCCCGCUGUGGCCUUGUUCCUGCUCACCAUCGCCCGAGAUCCUCUGAGGGUCAUUUUCCUCAUCGCGGGAGCAUUUUUCUGGCUCGUUUCUUUGCUGCUGUCGUCGUUGGUGUGGUUCAUCGCCGUACAGAUCAGUAAUAAAGACAGCGGCUCGCAGCAGAAAGGCCUGCUGGUGUUCGGAGUGCUGCUGUCCGUCCUGCUGCAGGAGCUCUUCAGAUUCGCCUACUACAAACUCUUAAAGAAAGCCAAUGAAGGACUGCUGGCCAUCAGCCAAGAGGAGACGAUGCCCAUCUCUGUUCGUCAGCUGGCUUAUGUGUCUGGUCUGGGAUUCGGAUUGAUGAGCGGAGCGUUCUCAGUGGUUAACAUCCUUUCCGACUCUGUGGGUCCGGGUACAGUGGGCAUCCACGGAGAUUCACAGCAUUACUUCAUUUCCUCAGCCUUCAUGACUCUCGCUAUAAUCCUGUUGCACAUGUUCUGGGGCGUCGUCUUCUUCGAGUCCUGUGAGCGCCGGAGGUGGUGGUCACUCGGAGCCGUGGUGUGCAGUCACCUGUUAGUGUCGUGCUUGACGUUUGCGAACCCGCAGUAUGAAGGCAGUCUGAUCCCCACCUACAUGGUUGUGUGCGUGAUGGCCGGCUGGGCGUUCUCCUGCGCCGGCGGUUCUCUGAGGAACCUCAGGCUUUGUCUCACCUGCAGGGACAAAGACUUCCUCCUGGUCAAUCACAGGCCGAGAUAACGGAUUGUCUCUCUGUAAAGACUGGAGCUCACCGAGUUCACAGAGCUUCAAACCCUAGACUGUGGGACGGGGGAUUUUCCUUUGUGCGUAUUCAGCACUUUUUUUUGUAUGUUUCUUUUUCUGUCCCUGUACCUCACCUCUUUCUGUGUGAGACAGAAAGAGAGAGAAUUGUGAAACACCUCGUUAUUUUUUUAAUCAAGCUUUACAGUCAGUUCCUGCUGGUUUUGACUGUGUGUUUAUUCUCUGUUCUUCGUGCGUUUCUUAACAAAUCUGAAAUGUCGUAAGCCAGAUUUACUGCUAAAUCAGUUCCUCGGACGCAUCUGGAUUCGAUCAGCCGGAUUGAGUUGUUUUGAGAAUCACACGAGAGUCGAAACCCUGAUCAGCGACUCGGUAACACGGAAGCUACUGAAGCCUGGAGAGGACGUUACACGUGUUUUUUGUUUGUUUGUUUUUCUUUGCACACAAAACAGAAAGACGUGCGCAGUACAGAAAUCAUCAGUUUGCUUUUUCCAUUUCUUUAGUUCCUAACAUUUUGAUUCAUUUUUGUAUAUCAUGAUAAUGUAUAUCAAUCAAAAAAAAACCCAUUAAAAUUAUGUCAGAUUCAUUAAACAGUGAUGUCGAAGGUGGCAGUGAGAAUUUCUCUCAUAUAAUAUAUACAUAUAUAAUAAUAUAAUACAUAUAUAAAUAACUCUUUCAUUAAAAUUAUGUCUAUAAAGAUUAACUCCAUAACAGAGAAAUAAACCAAAAUAAGGAAAGCUUUAAUUAAAUCGCCGUAACAAUUACAGAACCACAAUUUAGCCAUGUAUUUAUUUACAACUUGUAUCUAAAUGUGCGUUAAUCUUGUUUACACGCUCGUCGUCUUGGUAACAAACCCAACAACCACGUUGAAGAACGAACAAAUUCAGGCUCCACGUGCGAAGAACAGAGCUCGUGUGUCUCUAAAAGCGUUCACUUUAUAUUUUAUUGACAUUAAUUACGUCUGAAAACAUCUUUUCUGCUUAAAUAUUAAUUUCAAUGUCUUGAUUACUGUUACUGUUUGUCUCUAUGUUUGUUUAUGUUAUGUUUAAGAAGGAGUGAAUGUUAAGAGUUUUGUUGUAUAUUUGCAGUGAACUUUCCUAUCAGAAGUGUGACUGAUGAAUUAUUAAAUUAUGCUCUUAUAGGUGAUGUUUCUUCCCUUUCGUAAGAUUCUCUGACUACUGUAACCUCAGCUGCUGGCAAAAAGUUUAUAAAAUGGCGCUGAAAGCUGA